GUAACUGUACAUGUGAGCCAGGCUGGACAGGAGACGACUGCUCUGUAGAUGUGGAUGAAUGCUCCCAGCAUCCUUGUCCUGACUACAGGCAGUGCCGGAACUUGAAUGGCAGCUUCGAGUGUGUCUGCUGGAGUGGACUUGAGAUCAGUUCUAAUGGAACCUGUCAAG